AUGUACUAUUCUGAAGAAUUGGGAGUCGAGCAAACAGAUCCCCAUCGUUGGAGACUUGUGACUGAUGAAUUGGGCAGAGAAACAUGGCACUACUUGAGUAUUGAAGAAAGUGAAAAAAAUCCCCAAUCGGACUAUGUUAAGUAUUUACUAGAGCUAGAUGACUUCCCAGCGCCUGAGGAGUCGGAUAUUAACACGCCAUUUGAGUCUGCAAAGAAAGGAGCUGAUUUUCUUGAGUUAUUACAGGAACCAAGCGGAAUGUUCCCGUGUCAGUACCGUGGGCCCAUGUUCAUGAGCAUUGGGUACAUAGCUGCAAACUAUUUCACCAAGAACGAGAUUCCUAAGCCCUAUAGGACGGAAAUGAUAAGAUAUCUUGUGAAUACGUCGCAUCCUGUUGAUGGGGGUUGGGGUUUGCAUUCGAUAGACAAAUCUACGUGUUUCGGAACCUCCAUGAACUAUGUGGCAUUGAGAUUGCUUGGAUUGCCGGCCAAUCAUCCUGUGUGUGUGAAAGCCCGUAAGACGUUACAUAGACUCGGAGGAGCUUUAGGUAAUCCUCAUUGGGGUAAAGCGUGGUUAUCGAUCUUGAGCCUUUACGAAUGGGAAGGUGUUAAUCCAGCACCACCAGAAAUGUGGCUCUUACCAUACAAUGUCCCAAUUCAUCCUGGCAGAUGGUGGGUUCAUACCAGAGCUAUUUAUUUACCUCUUGGCUACGUUUCUUCAUACAAAGUGAAAUGUGACCUAGAUCCUUUGUUGCAGGAGAUUAGAAAUGAGAUCUAUUUGCCAAAACAGUUGCCCUAUGAGAAAAUCGACUUCCAGACUCACAGAAAUAAUGUUUGUGGAGUUGACUUGUAUUACCCCCAUACCACUGUAUUAGACUGUCUUAACUGGGGUAUGGUAAAGUACGAGAAAUACAUCAGGCCCAAAUGGCUCCUUAAAAAGUCGAACGAUAGGGUCUACGAACUAAUUAAAAAAGAAUGUGCAAAUACUGAUUAUCUAUGCAUUGCUCCCGUGAGUUUUGCUUUUAAUAUGAUCAUAACCUUCCUUGAAGAGGGACCUAAGUCAUACGCGUUUGAACGAUUCAAAUAUAGAAUGAACGAUACGUUGUUUCAUGGGCCUCAAGGUAUGACUAUUAUGGGUACUAACGGUGUCCAAGUUUGGGAUGUGGCCUUUAUGGUUCAAUAUUUCUUCAUGGCUGGAUUAUCAGAAUUCCCGAAAUACCAAGAAAUGAUCCGUAAGGGUUACAAGUUUUUGGUCAGAUCACAGUUCACUGAGGAUUGUGUCGAUGGAAGUUUCCGAGAUAAACGUAAAGGUGGCUGGCCAUUUAGUACUAAAACGCAAGGCUAUACUGUGAGUGAUUGUUCUGCUGAAGCUUUAAAGGCCAUAAUUAUGGUAAAGAAUCAUCCGGCAUUUACUGAUAUCAAGGACGAUAUCGAAGAUGAAAACCUUUAUAAUGCAGUUGAUGUUAUAUUGAAUAUUCAAAAUGUUAAUGAUUUUGAAUUUGGUUCGUUUUCUUCUUAUGAGACUAUAAGAGCUACGCCACUAUUAGAGAACUUGAAUCCUGCUGAAGUUUUUAAUAAGAUUAUGGUUGAAUAUCCUUAUGUGGAAUGCACGGAUUCGUCGGUCUUAGGUUUGACUUACUUUGCUAGAUUCUAUCCAAAUUACAAACCUGAUCAAAUUAAGUUUGCAAUUGAAAAUGCAAUAAACUAUAUAAUAAAGGCCCAGGCUAAGGAUGGUUCGUGGUAUGGUUCUUGGGGUAUAUGCUAUACAUACGCCUCUAUGUUUGCCCUUGAAGCAUUAAAUUCCGUUGGAUACAGUUACGUUAAUUCCGAUACUGUAAGAAAAGGGUGUGACUUCUUAGUAUCGAAACAAUUGGCUGAUGGUGGGUGGUCUGAAUCUAUGAAAUCGUGUGAAACCGGUACGUAUGUCAAUACAGAGCAAUCAUUAGUUGUUCAAACUUCGUGGGCCUUGAUAGGAUUAAUAUUAGCAGACUACCCAAAUAAAGAAGCUAUUGAAAGAGGUCUUGCAUUAUUAAUGAGUAGACAAAAGCGGACUGGUGAAUGGAAAUUUGAAGACAUGAACGGUGUUUUCAAUCAUAGUUGUGCUAUUGAAUAUGAUUCAUAUAAAUUUUUAUUCCCUAUCAAAGCAUUGGGAUUAUAUAAAAGUAAAUAUGGUGACACACAUUUGAAUAUUUAG